CUUAGUUUUAUAUACUAUUCGUUUUUCCAUUGUACAAGGAGGAUAGAUUAAUUAAACCUUAGUUAAACUUCUGUUAGCAACUGAUCACAUGCGCGAACUCGAUGUGCAGUAAAUAUAACCUGAAGAUAAGUCUAUACUAUACGUGUCAGAGCUUCAAUCUUUACAUCUAUUAAUUGAUUUUUUUCAAUUCUCUCGCAAACUAUCGAUUUGUUUGUCACGACUGUAAUUUAUAAUUAACAAAUAUGGCAAACGAUAGCAGUGCUUCAUCAAAACGUGCUCCCAAUUUUACAAAAACCGAAGAAGAAAUUUUGGUACAAUUAGUUAAGAAACAUGAUAAAGUAUUAGAAUGUAAGCGGACGGACACAAAUUCGAAUAUAUUGAAAGAAGAAACGUGGAAAACUAUUUCCAAAGAAUUUAAUUCAACUACUGGGACGUUUAGAGAUUCUCCAACUUUACGCCGCAAAUAUAAAAAUUUAAAAAAGAAAGCAAAGAAGAAAUUUGCUGAUUUAAAAUGCCAUGUAAAAGGCACUGGUGGAGGAGAACCUGCAAAUAUUGUUUUUGAUAGUAUAGAUGAGACCAUACAAUCUAUGUUAGGAACUCAAUUAACAGGAAUGACAUCUCAAUUUGAUAGUGAUGCUACAUUGGUGAUACAAAAUGAUGAAAGUACAUCUGAAAUUUUUAAAUUAAACACUAAAGAUUUAAAAGUACAAGAAGGGAUAAGUGAAAAUAAUAUAAAAAUUAUUAUUGAAGACACCACUUCAUUUGACAAUGAAAAUAGUGUAGACAAGGAGAAUAUUAAUGAAAAGAAAGAUUGGGGAAAAUAUUGCCCAAAUAUGUUGAGAACUCAAAUCUAAAAAAUUAAAUGUAUUAUCUGAAAAAACAGGCGACGCUGAAAAAAAAAGUCAAGGUAAUAAUAAAGUUACAAAAUUUUCAACUCAUGAAACAUAUGUACUUAUAUAUUUAUCUCUAUAUCCUUAUACUAUUAUAUUUAUUACAGAAACUUUAAAAAGUUUAUCUAAUAAAUGUUUUAAAAAGACAUCAGAUGAUGAUACAUGGACAAAAGUAGGAAAAGCAAAAUUAAAUUUAAUUGACAUUCAAAAACAAUGUUUUCUAGAAGAGCAUCAACUCAAAA